CCGGACCGCCGCACCUGAGCUCCCGCCACGCCGCGGCGCCGGAAGCGCGGGCGGAGCGCACGGGCCGGGGAAGAGGAGCCCGCGCCCGCGAGGGGGACCCGAGUCCUCGGGGAGGCGGCCGAGUCCCGCCGCACGCCAGCAGGGGUGACGACCUGCGACGCGCACCCCUCCGCCCCCGCGCCCCUGCCCGGCCCGCUCGCCCCGCGCACAGCCGACUUCCUCAGCCUCUGGCCGUCGCCCGGCCAACUUCCCUGCGAGGAGGAACCUGCCGCCAGCCUGCCCGCUCGCAGGCCCUGCGCCGAACGCCCGCAGUUCACCUUGCGCCGUCGGGAAACCCCAUGAGCUCUCCAGAAACCCGGUGAAGGAGGGUCCCUUCGCGGCGCACGGCCUGGGGGUCCCCCUCGGUGGAGCAGGGGUAGCAGAGCCGGGAAAGUAGUGGAGGAUGAUCCUGCGACCAAAGGGGACCUCGGGGCAGUAAUGUCAGCAUGAUGUUUCAUUCAGAUCGAAUGUGGAGCUGCCAUUGGAAAUGGAAGCCCAAUCCUCUUCUGUUCUUACUUGCUUUAUAUAUCAUGUGUGUUCCUCGCUCAGUGUCGGGAUGUGCCAACUGCCGAGUGGUUUUGUCCAACCCUUCUGGGACCUUUACUUCUCCAUGCUACCCUAACGACUACCCGAACAGCCAGGCUUGCAUGUGGACCCUCCGAGCCCCCACUGGUUACAUCAUUCAAAUAACGUUUAACGACUUCGACAUUGAAGAAGCUCCCAAUUGCAUUUAUGACUCAUUAUCCCUUGAUAAUGGAGAGAGCCAGACUAAGUUUUGUGGAGCAACUGCCAAAGGCCUAUCAUUUAACUCAAGUGUGAAUGAGAUGCAUGUGUCCUUUUCAAGUGACUUUAGCAUCCAGAAGAAAGGUUUCAAUGCCAGCUACAUCAGAGUUGCUGUGUCCUUAAGGAAUCAAAAGGUCAUUUUACCCCAGACAUCAGAUGCAUACCAGGUAUCUAUUGCAAAAAGUGUCUCCAUUCCAGAGCUCAGUGCUUUCACACUCUGCUUUGAAGCAACCAAAGUUGGCCAUGAAGACAAUGAUUGGACAGCUUUCUCCUACUCAAAUGCAUCCUUCACACAAUUGCUCAGUUUUGGAAAGGCCAAGAGUGGCUACUUUCUGUCCAUUUCAGAUUCAAAAUGCUUGCUGAACAAUGCAUUACCUAUCAAGGAAAAAGAAGACAUUUUUGCAGAAAGCUUUGAGCAGCUCUGCCUUGUUUGGAAUAAUUCUUUGGGCUCUGUUGGUGUAAAUUUCAAAAGAAACUAUGAAAUAGUUCAAUGUGAUUCUACCAUUAGUAAAGUUAUUCCUGGGAAUGGGAAACUCUUUUUGGGCUCCAAUCAAAAUGAAAUUGCCUCUCUAAAAGGGGACAUUUAUAACUUUCGACUUUGGAAUUUUACCAUGAAUUCCAAAAUCCUCUCCAACCUCAGCUGUAAUGUGAAAGGGAAUGUAGUCGACUGGCAAAAUGACUUCUGGAAUAUCCCAAACCUAGCUCUGAAAGCUGAAAGCAACCUAAGCUGUGGUUCCUACCUGAUCCCACUCCCAGCAGCAGAACUGGCCAGCUGUGCAGAUCUGGGGACCCUCUGUCAAGCUACUGUAAACUCUCCUAGUACUACACCACGCACUGUCACCACUAACAUGCCUGUUACUAACAGAAUCGAUAAACAAAUGAAUGAUGGAAUUCUCUAUAGAAUAUCCGUAGUGAUUCAAAACAUCCUUCGUCACCCUGAGGUAAAAAUACAGAGCAAGGUGGCAGAAUGGCUCAAUUCGACCUUCCAAAAUUGGAACUACACGGUUUAUGUCAUUAAUAUCAGUUUUCACCUGAGCUCUGGAGAGGACAAGAUUAAAGUCAAGAGAAGCACUGAGAAUGAUUCAAGGUUGGUACUUUGGGCCCUUCUAGUUUACAAUGCUACCAACAAUACCAAUUUAGAAGGAAAAAUCAUUCAGCAGAAGCUCCUAAAAAGUAAUGAGUCCUUGGAUGAAGGCUUAAGGCUACAUAGAGUGAAUGUGAGACAACUAUAUCUAUGUCCUGCCGUGGAGGAACCUGAAGGCUUCAAGUGGCCAUCUAUCGUACCUUCUGAAUACACUCUUCCUUGUCCAGAAAAGCCUGGCUUUAAUGUUACACGGAUAUGUUUUUACAAUGCUUCCAACUUCUCUGAAACCUACUGGGGACCUGUUGAUAUCUCCAACUGUUUAAAGGAAGCAAAUGAAGUUGCUACCCAGAUUUUAAAUUAUACUGCCGAUGGGCAGAACUUAACCUCAGCCAAUAUUAUCGACAUUGUGGAACAAGUCAAAAGAAUUGUGAAUAAAGAAGAAAACAUUGAUAUAACACUUGGCUCAACUCUAAUGAGUAUAUUUUCUAAUAUCUUAAGCAGUUCAGACAGUGACUUACUUGAGUCUUCAUCUGAAGCUUUAAAAACAAUUGAUGAAUUGGCCUUCAAGAUAGACCUGAAUAACAUAUCGCAUGUGAAUAUUACAACUCAGAAUUUGGCUCUUGGCGUAUCAUCCCUGUUGCCAGGGACAAAUGCAAUUUCAAAUUUUAGCAUUGGUCUUCCAAGCAAUAAUGAAUCAUAUUUCCAGAUGGAUUUUGAGAGUGGACAAGUGGAUCCACUGGCAUCUGUAAUCUUGCCUCCAAACUUACUUGAGAAUUUAAGUCAGGAAGAUGCUGCAUUAGUUAGAAGAGCACAGUUUACUUUCUUCAACAAAACUGGACUUUUCCAGGAUGUAGGACCCCAAAGAAACCCCUUAGUGAGUUAUGUGAUGGCGUGCAGUAUUGGAAACAUUACUAUCCAGAAUCUGAAGGAUCCUGUUCAAAUAAAAAUCAAACAUAUGAGCACUCAGGAAGUGCAUCAUCCCAUCUGUGCCUUCUGGGAUCUGAACAAAAACAAAAGUUUUGGAGGAUGGAACACAUCAGGAUGUGUUGCACACAGAGAUUCAGAUGCAAGUGAGACGGUCUGCCUGUGUAACCAUUUCACGCACUUUGGAGUUCUGAUGGACCUUUCAAGAAGUACCUCACAGUUAGAUGCAAGAAACACUAAAGUCCUCACUUUCAUCACCUAUAUUGGGUGUGGAAUAUCUGCAAUUUUUUCAGCAGUAACUCUCCUGACAUAUGUUGCUUUUGAGAAAUUGAGAAGAGAUUAUCCCUCCAAAAUCUUGAUGAACCUGAGCACAGCCCUGCUGUUCCUGAAUCUCCUCUUCCUCCUAGAUGGCUGGAUCACCUCCUUCAAUGUGGAUGGACUGUGCAUUGCUAUUGCAGCCCUGCUGCAUUUCUUUCUUCUGGCAACAUUUACCUGGAUGGGACUGGAAGCAAUUCACAUGUACAUUGCUCUAGUUAAAGUAUUUAACACUUACAUUCGCCGAUACAUUCUAAAAUUCUGCAUCAUUGGCUGGGGUUUGCCUGCCUUAGUGGUGUCAGUUAUUCUAGUGAGCAGAAACAAAAAUGAAGUCUAUGGAAAAGAAAGUUACGGAAAAGAAAAAAGUGAUGAAUUCUGUUGGAUUCAGGAUCCAGUCAUAUUUUAUGUGACCUGUGCUGGGUAUUUUGGAAUCAUGUUUUUUCUGAACAUUGCCAUGUUCAUCGUAGUAAUGGUGCAGAUCUGUGGGAGGAAUGGCAAGAGAAGCAACCAGACCCUGAGAGACGAAGUGUUAAGAAACCUGCGCAGCGUGGUUAGCUUGACGUUUCUGUUGGGAAUGACAUGGGGUUUUGCGUUCUUUGCCUGGGGACCCUUAAAUAUCCCUUUCCUCUACCUCUUCGCCAUCUUCAAUUCAUUACAAGGCUUAUUUAUAUUCAUCUUCCACUGUGCUAUGAAGGAGAAUGUUCAGAAACAGUGGCGGCGGCAUCUCUGCUGUGGUAGAUUUCGGUUAGCAGAUAACUCAGAUUGGAGUAAGACAGCUACCAAUAUCAUCAAGAAAAGUUCCGAUAAUCUAGGAAAAUCUUUGUCUUCAAGCUCCAUUGGUUCCAACUCAACCUAUCUUACGUCCAAAUCUAAAUCCAGCUCUAUCACCUAUUUCAAAAGGAAUAGCCACACAGACAAUACUUCCAUGGACAAGUCCUUGUCAAAACUGGCCCAUGCUGAUGGAGAACAAACAUCAAUCAUCCCUGUCCAUCAGGUCAUUGAUAAGGUCAAGGGUUAUUGCAAUGCUCAUUCAGAUAACUUCUAUAAAAAUAUUAUCAUGUCAGAUACCUUCAGCCACAGCACUAAGUUUUAAUGUCUUUAAUGUAAGAAAAAGAAAUCAGUCUGCAGAAAUGUGAAGAUUUGCAAUCAGUGAAAGCUGCAACUAUCGAUGUAAAUGUGCUAUUACCUAGAUAACUGCAUAUAUGUGAGGAAUGUAUUUUGUUAAGAAGGCUUUUGUGAAAUUCAUAAUUUUUCUUUUCAAUCUAUUUAUUCCAUGGAAGAGUUGCCAUCAUCACUAAAACUUCAGUACUGAGAGCAACGUGACUCAGUAGCCCAGAAACUAUGAUUUUCUAAAUAUGUAAUUGAAUCAGAAUAAUCAUAAUGCAAGGGAGACAUUAAAAUAGAGGCAAGGGAGAAGCCACACUGAGGACAGACCCUAGGUAGAGCUCAUUUUACUCCACCUAAUAUCUACAUCGGGAUGUACCCAUUUUCUGCAUCAUCUUUCUCAACAAUAAAAAAUGUAACUCUUUUGGAUGCCCACAAAUUCCAUUCCAGUGUUUCUUUCUGUAAAUGCAGUACCAUGUUCUCAUUUGCAGUGACAUUUCAACCACAGGCAGAAAAGACUGUUUACUGCUUGACCCAAAGACUUAAAAGGAUUUUUUUUUUAAUUUUAAAUAUUACACCUUCAGAACCAUAACAUGCUUAAGAAAGUUUUUCCAAAAUAUUGACCUAGAUGAGGCUAUAUACAUGUCUAAUAUUUUACUCAUUCUAUUCAAGGCAUAAGGCCAAGGCUUUAAGUAUAAUUUAAUCCCAUACAUUCGAGUUAAGUUUAGUAUCGAUGCUCCAUCAAUGUGGACCUCCCAGGAGUUGUUUAAGAAUGAAUCCAUUACACCUCUACUUUUGGCUCUCUACUGUAUAUUGAGCCCGUAGGCUUGUGGGAGGAAGGAGAAUUUCCAUUAGCCAUGCUGUAUGCAGUGGAAUUUUCCUUUUAGGAGACACACAAUUGAGACUCUCUGGUUCUGUCCUUGCUUUAGAGACUUUAAGAUAUUUCCUAUUGCACAAAUGAAAACCUCUUAAUUCCCCUAUUGAGAGUUUUGUUCCAAGGAAUAUGAAGUGAGACACAUGGUGACUUAUAAUAAUACAAAUAAUUUAUAAACAGCUGGGUCUGCAAUAGCUAGUCUAAAUAUUGCUUGUGUGUCAGUCCUUUGAUUAUAGUAUGUAAGAACCUGAGGAGGUCUGGCAAGAUAGAUGGUGUAUUAUUUAUGGAUCAAACUGCUGCAUAGAAGCCAUGCAUACUGUUAUUCAGCUUGCCUAACUCUCAGACUAUUCUGAGUAAUGCCUGCUUGCUGAUGAAUGUGUAGGAGACCACAUUGUAAUUGUUCUUAGGUGAUGGGGUCCUAUGCGGUUUCUUAGAAAUCAGUCUCAGUGCGUGCUGUGCUUUUUCACAUUUGUUCUGAGUUAUCUGGGAAGUAUCAGGUUCUGGGAGGCAACAGUGGAAGUGAUAAGAAAAGGAGACAUUCUGGUGUGUACCUAUGCAGCAAUCUUGCAUGUUCUUCACAUGUACCCCAAAACCUAAAAUGCAAUAAAAAAAAAAAAAAAAGAAAAUGAGACAUUCUGUCAAAGCCAGUCUGCUUAAAGACAAAGUCUAGAACCUGGAACCUAGAGGCCUUUUUCUCUGCACAAAAAACAGUUUGCAGUAUGAGACAUGGGAGAGCUUUUAAGCUACACAGCAACCCAAGGGACCUCUCACCUUUUGCUGAGCUUCAAUCAUGAAGCUAUUUGCCUGGCUCCAGCAGAUGAUGAGAUAAUGAGGCAGUGGGUUUUUUGUUACUGUUCCAUUUUGCAGCAUCCUGCAACACCAUCCUGGGAGACAUGAGCAUUAUCCAGCUUGGCUUUCACAGGGGAAGGUUGUAUUCAGUAGAAAAGAAUAGUAAAUCUAAGGUCACUGAGAUUCACUACAGUAGAGCCAAGUCCUUUUCAAGAGGCAUAUAUUAACAGACUGUUUAUUUUGGCAGAGGUUAUAUAUGGAUGAAAAUUAAUCUAAGUCAUUGAACAUUCAUAUACAUUUCCCCCCAAACCUUAGACAUUUGUGGUAGAUUUCAACUAAUUAGAUUAGUCAGAUUUCUGUUCAAAGUGCUUAUUUGGUCAAUAACAAUUAAGAUAUACCUUCAAAAAUGGCUUUGCUUUUUGAUUUCCACUGAUACUCAUAUGGCUCCAGAAAAAUAUUUUUUUCAUAUUUGACAGUGUCAGCUCCACUUUAGAAAUUUCUAAUAACCAGAUGAGAAACAAUUAAGAAACUGCUCAAGGGAAACAUUUGUAAAUGGAUUUGAAAGAUUGAGCCAAAUUCUGUCAUCAGUUCUAAGCCUUCGGUUCUCAUCUCCAUUUAGGCCCCAUCAGAACAGAGGGUCAGGAAUUUAGCUGGGGAGGCUGAAUUUAGUUCAACCUACCUUUGAGGAUAGCAUCAGUUCAGACUCCCUUUCCCUUAUGUUUUCUUUUCUUUUUCUCUCUUUUUAAACUACAUUGUGUUAGAGUCGUAGUCUAGGAUCCUGAGAGAUUUUCCAUUCUUGUUACCAUUCACUUGCUUUGUAAAGAUUUUGUCUAUUGUUGGCAUAGAUUCUUUUGUAUAUAUUUAUUUAUUUGUGUUUAUACAUGUCAAUCGGUUUCCUAUCUUAGCUUGAUAUUGCCUAGCUUUGUUGUUUUAAUUAACUUUCUAUUAGAGAGACUGUAUAUAUUUUUCUAAAUACUUUGUGAGAUCACUUUUUGGUAGCAAUAUCUUUGAAUAUGAUGAAUAAAAGUGACUGUGAGUGCAAAUAGAAUUAGCAGUAAGAAGCUACUCUAGCUAAUUUGCCAUUUUACUUAAAUGGAAAAUGUUUUUCAAAUAAAUACUUAUGUUGUUCAUGUUCCAAGUUAUUCAA